CUACUUCGAGUCCUCAUAUCGCAAGGUCCAAAACCCUAAAACCCCGGCAAAGGCAUGGCGUCGUGCCUCCGCUCCUUCGCCCGUCCCGCCACCGCGGCCUUCCUCCGCUCCGCAGCCAGCCAAAGCCCCGCUGCGUCCCUCCCCCGCUCCCUCGCUCCUGUCCCCAGGGCUUCGACCGUGGGGCGGCGGAUGGCGCUGGCGCGGUCGCUGCAGCCGCUGCACAGCGCGAUCUCGGCGGCGCGGCUGACGUCGCGGCUGGGAGCGGAGGUGGCGCGGGCCGUGUCGCAGGGUACGCUCUGCAGCUCCUACCCGGGAGUCUGAAUCUGAUACAGUCUACUAAUCUUUGCAAACCCUACUUGUGAGUCGUGGCUGCCCGAUUGCUUGUCUGCUCGUUUAUUCUAAGUUCAUGUGUUGUUUGUCCCGAUUUAUGGUGCGUUGGUUCGCUUGGUGGGGUCCAAUUUCGCUUGGAUUGAUGUAAUUCUUUGUUGGGUUAUGCUGUUGGAUGGAAUCCUUGUCAUCAUGGACCAAAACUCUCUUCUUUGAUCCUAGAUGAGUUCACAUAUUCGCUGUUAUAGGAUACACAUGGGUCUAAACAUGUUUCCCUGAUCCCUCGAAGCAAUUUUCUUUGAAUCUGGUUCUAAUCUAGGGAUGCCGCCAGUGAAGGUACUAAGGAGUAUGGUGCGAAUUUUUUUUUCAAAAAAUCUUGUAGGUUCAUACUAAACGGGAAAAUUCCUGAGCGAUGUAAAAAUUCUUGAAUGUACUAUGUAAGAUAGCGAAGUAAUGUUGAAGAGCACAUAUAAGAAACAUCA